AUGAAAGCGCAGGUGGAUGUGGUCUGCUGUAAAUCAGUAGGAACUGAUCUGUCCAUGCUGGAUAUUGAGGAUUUCAUCACAGAAAUCUGUCACCUGAAGAAAGAGGUGGCUUCACUGGAGGCAAAGCUGAGAGAAAGAGGAGACAAACUGAACAGAGAGGAUGUGGAGCAGGUUUGGGUGCGUGAGACUGAUGGGACAGAAGCUCAGGAUUCAGUCUGGAGCGUCAGAGAUCAGAGAUCCAGAGACACACAGGACUCAGAGCUCAGCCUCACUUUACUCUGUUAUACUGACGCUCAGGAUCAUGAAUCCACUGAUCAAACCUCUGACUGUAACGCUGGAGAACAGCAGAUGCUGCAGACGCCGCUGAAGAUGUGCUCCGUCAAACUGGUGGACUGCAGGAACCUGAUCGAGAGCAGAGGAGAAGAAACCACUGCAGAGAAACAACAACAACACACCGAUGAGGAAGAGGAGGAGGAGGAGGAGAAUAAUGGGGAGGAAGAUGAUGAAGAUGAAGAUUUCAUUCCAGAAUUGAGUUGUGGUUCAUCUUCUGAUGGAGGUGAAGAAACCGUCUCGACAUCAAAAGAGCAGCUGACGGUCAAGAGUUUCUCCUGCAGCACCUGUGGAAAAACACUGAGUUCAGAGGGUCAUUUAAAGAGACACGAGAGAAAACACACAGAACAGAAAGAUUUCAGCUGUAGGAGAUGCAAAAUCAGCUUUCCUACCGCAGAAGAGAAGAGACUUCAUUCAAAAGAGCACAGCAGGAAGAAAGCGUUUCGCUGUGAACAAUGCGGGAAGGAUUUUUUCACCACUGCUCCUAAUAUGAAAUCUCAUAUAAAAUCACACAGCGAAAAGUCUUUCCACUGCAGUGAAUGUGACAAGUAUUUCACCACCAAAGGAAAUCUUGUUUCUCAUAAGCGAAUCCACACGGGAGAAAGACCAUACAAGUGUCCGCACUGCGAGAGAAGAUUCAUGUAUGCAUCUCAUCGGAAGACACACGUGCGUUUGCACACCAAUGAGAGACCGUAUCAGUGCAGUGAAUGUGGGAAAGCCUUUAGGCAGUUGUUUAGUCUAAAAUCACACCAAAAAAUGCACUCAGGUGAGAAACCGUUUCAAUGCAAACACUGUGACAAGCGAUUCCUUCACAAAUCCUAUCUGAACUAUCAUGAGAGGACUCACACUGGAGAGAAACCAUAUUUGUGCUCCUUCUGCGGGAAGAGCUUCUGUAGUCCAAUUCUAUUUGGAAUUCAUCAGAGAAUCCACACCGGAGAAAAACCAUAUCACUGCAGCGUCUGUGGGAAGAGUUUCAGUAAACACAUUACAUUACAAAACCACAAGAGGACUCAUACUGGAGAAAGACCGUUCAAAUGCUCACAGUGUGAAAAGACGUUUGCUCGAUCAGACGUCCUUAAGGUCCAUCAGCGAGUUCAUACAGGAGAGAAACCUUACUCCUGCUCCAUCUGCGGCGAGAGAUUCGCUUAUUUAGGUAGUUUCCAGACCCACCAGAACAAACACGCUAAAGAACAAACUGCUCCAGAAUAAUCGGAGUGACUUUUCAUGUCUUGGUCUGUCAGUAAAGACGUUAUUUCUGCA